AUGGCGACAGAGGACAAGAAGACACGCCGAACCCCGCAUGCGUUUGGUGGACAACCAACGAUUCCGCUGCCAGCUCCGUUGCAAAUGACCGAGAGUUCGUUGCCGGAGAAUUGGAGAAUAUGGAAGGCGAAGUGGCUAGACUUUGUAACACUGACUCAGUUGGAUUCUCAGCCAAUGGCCUAUCAACUGGCGAUGUUCAGGCAUGCCAUUGGAGACGAAGCCAGGCGGACGCUGCAAACGUUGGAUCUCAGCGAUGGAACUCAGGAGAUGGAGCUGGAUGAAGUAAUACGCAGAUUCGGCGAGUUUUGCGAAGGUUACACAAACGAAACUUACCAAAGCGAAUCAAGGACGGCUCAACAGUUUCAGCAGCUCAAGAUGGAGUCCACGACGGAUCUGUUUGCAGUAUCCCGAGGCCGAGAAAUUGUAUCGAAGUCAUCGAGCGCGAAUCAACCCAAAUGCCAGUUUUGCGGCCGCUCACACCCAAGGCGCAAAGAGGAUUGUCCAGCAUGGGGCCGAACCUGUAUGAAGUGUGCGAAGAAGAACCACUUUGCACGUUGUUGUCAGGCAACCAAAGUCGACUCAGUCGGGCAGGACGAUCAGGAAGAGCCGCAGGAACUGGCUAUUAACAACAUGACAGGACGUGAGAGACCAGUCUGUGUAUUCGCAACGUUGCUUAUUCAAGGGCGUCCGGUGCGAUUCCAAUUGGAUUCAGGAGCAAGCGUGAACAUACUUCCUCACAAAUACUGUCCCGAUGCAGAAUACCGCCAAAUACAGACACAGCUCAGAAUGUGGAACGGAUCAAAGUUACAACCGAAGGGCUGCGUUACCAUGAAGGCCAUAAACCCGAAGGAUGGCUCCGAGCAUUUACUUGAUUUUCUCCUGGUAUCAGGAGAUUUAAUGCCCAUCCUGGGCCUUGAUUCCAUUCAGAGUUUGGGUUUUGUUUCUUUUAAUCAUGAUCGUUUUGUUCACUCGUGCGAAGUCGGUACAGAGAUCGUAGACAACUAUCCCAGUGUGUUUGAUGGUACCGUGGGAAAAUUCCAAGGCGUAGCUCACCUGUCGUUAAACGAGUCCGCUAGACCAGUAGCACUACCAGCGAGAAAAGUACCUAUCGCUUUGCGUGAGAAGUUCUUAGACGAGUUGCAGCGUUUGAUCAGUUUAGGUGUGAUUGCCAAGGUCGAUGAGCCAACCGAUUGGGUCAGUCAAGUCGCGAUAAUCACCAAGAAGUCAGGCGAUUUGCGUGUGUGCAUCGACCCUAAGCCGCUCAACGCCGCACUCAGGAGAGAGUAUUUUACACUACCAACGCUAGAUGACGUCUUACCCGAGUUGUCCAAGGCCAGAUUCUUCACGAAGGUCGACCUCGCUUCCGCUUUCUCUGGCACGUCCAGCUUGACGAAGAGUCCAGUUAUUUAA